UAUGUCAAUGCAGAAGACACCAACACGCACACAGGCUAGUUGGACACAGCAAGACAGACAUGAAAGGAUAAGAGUAUCAGGUUUGCUGUGCCGAGUAACAGGCUUGUAAUCACUGCUUCACAUCACACUUGAUUGGACAGCUGCUUGAAACAGCCCAAAUUGCCACUACCAGUGUUAGAAUUGGAACUAGCUUAGCAUGGGAUGUGUCAGUUGUUGUAGUACUAGCAGCUCUUAGUGGAUAUAUUCAUUAUUACAGCUAGUAUAACAUACAGAUUACUACACUAACUAUCCACUACUUUUACUGUUUAUCAAUGAGUUAACACUACAGAGACUUUAUUCAAAUCUUGGAUUUAAAGUGACUUGGACUCCUUUAGCCUUUUACAGGUUUUAUCAAGGGAAGAAUAUUGAUAAAGUGCUUUGAAUAGUGUGGUGGACGGGAAUAAUUCUCCCAAUGUGAAAUAAGUUCAGUUCAAUCUCUUUACAAACAAUAUGGGAUUGGGAACAAUCGGUUUCCAGGUAUUCUCAUCUCAAAUGGAUUUUGGUUAUCGCCGAAUGUACCAACUACAUUAUUAUAAAGAAAGAGUUUUUACGUGAUGUGAACAAAGUUAUGACUACCACAAUGACUGUUAACCUAAUGAACACGAUUCAUGGAUUAUAUAUGACAAUUUUGAUCCUUGUGUCAAUGGGAUGGCCUCAUUUAACUACAGCAAGGGCAGCAAGACCUCAAACCUACACACUUCCUACCUUUGUUGAAACAGAAAGAAAUGUAACUUUUGAUGUUGGUGAUAAUGCCAGAUUACCAUGUUCUCUUCAAAAUCUUGGUCCAAAAGUGGUCAUAUGGAAAAAAGUUGACCAAGUUCAUCCAAUAUCAAUAGGUGACUAUAUUUACGUGCCAGAUAGUGAUUAUUACGUGGAACAUCGAGAGACUUCUAUACCCAGUUCCGAGUGGAAUUUACGUAUCAAAGAUGUUAAGAUUCAUCAUGCUGGUGUCUAUGAGUGCCAAAUAAGUGCCAAAGAAGAAAUAGUGAGAAAUAUCACAUUGAAUGUUGUAGAUUCUUAUAAAAGUAAUAAACCAGGUAUUGAGCUGGGAGGAACAUUAUUUGUGGAAAAGGGAUCGGAAAUAAAACUCAAAUGUUCAGCUUCAGCUAUUGAUUAUUUGCCACUGGAUGUGGAUUGGUUCAAGGAUGGUUUAAAACUGCGACCAAAUACAGAGAGUCGAGUGUCAAUCAGUAAAUACCCCUCAAGUGAUACAAAUACAUUAAACAGUACAUUAAUUAUCAAACACAGCAAUAUGACUGAUGCAGGUACCUACGUGUGUCGCAGUUCUAAACGCCAUAUAGCCAGUUUAAAAGUUGUGGUGCUAAAUACUGGAAAAACCAGUGUAAAACGUGGAACCUUUCCAGAUGGGCCUCCUGAUACAGAGCAAAUUCGCACAUUCAACCAAGGGCAUACUUUUAAACCAGUGAAUGUGUUGACAUUAUUCAGUUAUUUUAUCUGUUAUAUUUUAAUAAUAUUCUUGCAUGGAGCUUGACAGGAAUGCUGAUCCUUGAGUAAAGUAUUAAGACUCUUUUAAUAAAAUAAAAUAUACACAAUAAACAGAACUUGUGCUGUUUAUGUUAGUGAUCAUGGAACCAACAGUGAUGGUUUUGCAAUUUGAACCAUGAAAAAUCUUGCAGAAACAAACAAUCGCCCUAACACAAGGCAUCAUCAUAAAAAAAAAGAUGUACACCUCAGCGCAUCUGCUAUUGGUGCCCAACAGACACCAAUUUAUUGGAAGUGUAUUUCUUAACUGAAUUAUUCUUAACUUGAAGAAGAAAAGAUAACUGUAAACAAUAGGACGAUGCUGUUUGGAUAUGAUCUAUGGGAUAACAGUAGAUAACUGUAUAGUCUAAAUCGUUAAGUUAUUGGAAGAAAGUUAUUAGUUCGAUUAAAUCAUGUUUAUCAAAAUUAACGAACGUUAAAACUCAGGGCGAGUGCUAUAUAUCGAGCAUCAACUCCAUCCAGACAUGUACCUGCAUGUAUAUAAUUUGCUUUAAUCUAACUUAACAUUAAUAUACUCUACAUGUAAAUGUUUAAAAUACUCCUAAUGCAUCUAAAAGUGACUGGUUUUUGACUCCUAUAUAGUUCUUGAGUCUUGGCUUAUAUCCUACUCUGUCCAAGAACUAGUUUAUCCUAUGUGUGUUAAGCAGUAUAGGGAAUGACUAAACAAAUCCCUGCGACCCAUUUACCAAUAAACAUCCUUUGGUGCCAAUCUACAACUUUGACGUAAGGGAAAGUAAUUUUCCUUAAACUGACAGUCAAUCCCUAGCAUUACAAUUAACCAAAGCACUACUAAUAAAGGACAUACAAGUGCUUAAUAAACUAUUUGUUAUGUGCUUUGAUUAGACAAGCAAAAGUAAACCUACUGUAAUCUGUACUAACAAAAAGAUCUAUGGAUAAAGGUUAAACUAGUGUUCGCUGGAGUCCACUUCAGAAAAAGUUGUUAGUGGACUGUUAGAACUUGUGUGAAUGCAAGGUUUUAAGACAAUUUACCGGCAGCUUAACAGAACUGUGUGGUAUAUGGAUAAGACACUUACAUACUUACAGAUUACAGUCGAACAAAGGAACAUAUAUAUAAUUAUCAUCUAUAUAUUUAUUUUGAUUUGUACAUAACAGUGUAAUAUAAUGUUAAUUACCCCAUAGACCUUUUAGAAUUAACUUUUUCUUAAUGUAAGAAAUUGUAUUUUUACAAGAUUUAUUACAAGAAAGAACUAUGUUAAAUGAGUAGUCACCAUUUCAUUUUUGUGGAAAACUUGUAAAUAUUUUUGAGUCUAUAAUUUUGUUGUUAUUACUGCUGUUAGAUUGAAAUACCGAUCUUCAAUUCAGUACCUCUUACAUUCAAGAAUCUGAAGAAUCUGGUCAAAAUAUGUAAUCAAUGGUAAGCUGUCUUCAUGGCUAAAUAAUACAAUAAGUGCAUAUAGAUUCUUUUAUUCAAGGCCUUACUGGAAAGUAGUCAUAUUAUAAUUUACAUGUACAUAUAAAAGACAGAUCUGUGUUUCAAUCUUACUGAUAAUGUAUUUUGUUGUUUUUUAUAUUGAAAUUUCAACGCUUGUAAUUCAAAUUCAUGUACAGCUUCUCAAAUCAUCAAGAAACACGAAAUAGAAUGGUUCCAGGUUUUUAUGUUGAUAUUGAAAUUACACAUGCACAUCCACAUCACAACAUUGAUGGAAAUAUUUCAAAUGAAAACUACUAUACAAAUAAUUUCAAACCAUUUAAUAGUUAUUUAAUUUAUUCUUCAAUUCUUCGUAACACAUAAGCUAUAGCAAAGCUUCUUUUCAGUUUCAAAUGAACAUGAGUAUUUUGACUUUUAAGAUAUUUAAGCACCCUUUAACAUGUAAUUCUAUCCAAAUAGUUAAUUAUCACUGUAAAAACAAUUACUUAUAUGUAUUAGUAAGCCAUACCCAAAAAACAUUAUAUUUGUGCAAUAUAGAAGCUUUUAUCAUAAUAAGUACAAAAUAUGCUUUGCAAUAGAUUGUAUAACUUUAACACACAACAUUAGAUAAAUAUAAGUGCCCUUAAUACAAAGCUAUUAUAUGAUUUCAAAAUGUAAAAGAUAUCAGUCAUUGCAUAACUCAUAGUAAUGAUAAAUUUAAUGAUUCUCUCAUAUGAUAUCGGUAUAACUUAUGAAUGAACAGUAGGUACAUGUAGAUUAAAUUAGCUAAGUCUCUAACUCAAUAUCAUCCAAAAUCUUCAACAUUGAAAACACGAUUUAUUUGUCAAAUUAAAUCAACAUUCAUGUUGUGAUCUUACCGGAAAAAGAUGGGCUUUUGAUAUCCAAUAUUUAAGACAAAAUAAACAUUUUACCAUUGGUACACAAAUCGUGUACCAUAAUGCGCUUCAGUUCCAGUUGUAUCAAGAGACUCGAGGAACGAGGCUAGACACAUUGCACCAAAUCAAACGGCGUAUGUAGACUGGAAUAACCAGACUCUAGAAAUUUGCACUCGCUUGAGACUGCUGGCUUAUUUCGCCGAACAUAACUGAUUUGAAAUUGGAGUAAAAACGGAAACCAUUGAAUGUAAAUCAGUUUAUAUACAUCAUAUUACAGUAUUAUAUGCGUUGCCACCCACUUUUGUCAAUUUCUAGGUCCCAAAUGUUAGCGAUUUAGCUCCUUUAAAUAUACAAAAAAAACCCAACAAAAUAAAAACAAAGCUCUCAACAACCAAAUUUCCUUAGUACUUUCAUGCAAGGUAUUUUUUAUGUAUACUGCUGACAGAAAAUUACCUGUACCAAAAAGAUCUUUGAACUAAAUGUGUCUAUCAUAAUAUUCCUUGUCACGUAUAACCGGGGAAUCGAAACCAUGCCAGUUGAUUCAAUGACGUGCUGUGCUAACCAUUUGGCCAUCCAACUCCGCCCCCUCAAGUUAAAAGACAAAUUAAAAUGGAAAACACCUUUCAUGCAAUCUGAUUGAAACACAGAUCCUAUUUCGUUUCAUUUUUAUAGUUCAAAAUUUUGUUUUACUUGCCUUUACUACACUAGGAUCUGGAAGAGUUGUUAUCAUUGACGUGUUCUGAAUAGUGUGAGGUAUUAGCCAAUGAAACAGUCUGUUACGGCGAGCUUUAGGGGUGUUUGCAUGGAACUGUGGGUAAUCCACUAGUAACAUCAAUGCGGAUUGGUUAAUCAAAUGUCUGACGUCAUAGGGUCAAAACCCACUUGUAUGACCUCUGACGUCACCUAUCACAACAACUGGUCAGAUCUUCAUGUAGUGUAGGCCAUCAAGUAUAAAAAAAAAAAAAAAUAUAGAUCUGUAUUUUAAUCAGAUUGCCUUUUAUGCUAUUAAAUAUUACCUAUUUCCGGAAAAAAUAUAGGGCAACAAUUUUCAGCUCUUUUGCAAUAAAAUAGCAAAAAUCAUAAAACAGCUGAAAGUUUACAGAUUAUUUUUUUGUAAAUGUACAUUAUUUCUAUGUCUGUGCAUGAGUAUUCAGAAAAAUUGUAAUUUCACGAUGUCAAAAACCCAUUGUUGUAAAACAUAAAACAAUUGGAUAAAAACCUGAUGUUUUAAUUUCAGUGUAUCCAUUUCCCCAAAUAUAAUUGUAUGUUUUAUGUGAUAUCUGGGGUAAAAUGUCAUUGACAGUAAUAGUAAGACCUGAUAAUACGAAACCAUGGUCGUAAUUAAAAGUGACUCAUUUCAAUCAUAUUUAUUUUAUGUGUUUAUAUUUAAUGAUACCAUUGUAAGACUCACCUUGAUUUACUGUUGAUCAUCAUACUCUUCUAAUCUAUAAUUACUCACAAUUGUCUUUCUGGAAACAAAAGAAGAAUCAGUGAUUCAUUAGUUAUUAAAAAUCUAGCUUCAUUUUACUAUCAUGAAAGAUAUUCAUUCAUUAUCAACUGGUAUUCAAACAAAACUCAUGGAAAAUUUUAUGGAAAAUUCAUUUUGUCAUUAGCAUUAAACAUUAAGUAAUAUAAUAGCCGUUGAAAAAAUACAUCAUUUGAAUUAUUAAUUUGAAACCCUGAACUGAAAUUAUCAUUGAAAAUAGCAGAAUACCAAAAUAAAGCUACAUAAAGAAUGUUUCAAACCAACUCUUUUGUAUAUACCUUCCAUUGUAAAUGUAAAUAACCAGACAUGGCAUGUAUAAUUCCAUGGCAGACCGAGCUGGUCUGAAAAGGAAAGAGAACUUUCCAAAUAGAGCAGCAGAAAACAAACUCUGAUAGAAAAGGAUUCUGAUUAUGAAGCAGGAAACAACAUUCAUCCUAUCAAGGAAGAAAAUAGUCUUAUAGCAAGUACUCUUUUCUCUUGAAAAUCAACAUGGAUGAACAUAGUAAUAGAACUGAUUUCUGAUUCAACAUCAUUACAAGGAUCAUUGUAGUCCCAACCCAGUCAAAUAUUAGUACAAAUUAAUAUUAUGUAAACAUUUUGAUGAGGGUAAAAAUAAUUGUUAUCUAUCUUUCUUAACCUUCUGUGUUUUUACUAACAUCAAGCAAAAAUAUCCAAAGCAUGUACAUUUUUUAUAUUCAUAUUAGUCAAUAAUCAACUAUAGAAAACAUUUAAGAUGCUGUACAUAUUUGAGUUAUUUGUACGUAGAAGCUUGAAGACUGUAAAAUAAUUUGACUAAUAAAUUAUAUAGAUUUUAUCUGAAA